AUGCUCGAACUCAAUUCGAAUUCAAGAGAACUCGUGAUCGGAUUUGUGUACCUCGGCCUGUCGGCCUCACAAAUUCCAAUGUUCUGUUUGGUGAUCAUGGUAGGAUCCAUCCAAGUCCCCCCCGUAAAAAAAAAACAAAUCGCACCUUCAGGCAGUUCACAAGAUACAGCGUCAAGAGCCGAACAUGACGUACAAGUUGAUCAAUCUCAUUCAGUGUUCUCAAGUUGUCCAAACAAUUUGUCAUUUUCUCACCUCGUUUCUUCUCAUUUUUCCAGCAUUUCAAAGAUUUCCGUUCAUCAUUGGCGUAAGUUUUGGGAUGAAUUCAGAAAAACGCGCAAAGGAACUUGACUUUUCAGGUGAUCGGAGCGACCGUGGGUCUUUUCUACAGUGCAGAAUUGCCCACAAUGGCUCUGCUGGCCGUGUGUCGAGUUCUGAUCUUCACCGGAGUCAUCAAGACGAAAAAGACGCCUUUGGGUGUGAAAGUAAGCGCUACUUUCGGUAUCGGGUACAUUUAAAAAGGAACCGUAUUCAGCUCUUUCUGCUCUCACUCUUCUCCGUCCUUACACUCAUCUUCCUCUACUCUUCCGCACAUAGCCUCAUCUUUUUCUCGCCUCCUUCCAUGGAUUACAACAUCUCUGAUCCAUUCUCGCCAAUUUUAGGACUUUUCGACUUUUACAUUUCGAUACUUUCCCUAAUCAUCGCUUACAUCUCCUAUCUUGCUAUUGUCUACCUGAUCUAUAUGGCAAGUUUGUCGGCUCUCUAUCCUAUUCAUCUCUACGUUUUGAAGAGCAAGAAGGCGGUGUGUGUGAAGAGCAAACGAGAGGAGCUCUCGAUUCUGGUACAGUACACGAUAGCGGUCGGCUACACGACGGGCUCUUUGAUAUUCUGGCACGAAGCGAGCCUUGACAUGAAAAACUUUGAAGUUCGAGCGGCGAUCAACAUCUCUUGGAUUGUGGGCUCUUAUGUCUAUCCCGUAGUCAUUCUUAUCUGUAACAAGUGCGUCACACUUUUAACCCUUGACUUUCAGCGCAUUUUUGCAGGACGGUUCGUGAGAAAAGCAUUUGUAUUCUCGGGCUACGCAGCGAGGAUGUUCGUCCGUUCACUACUAAUCAUUCGAGCAUUGGAGCACCACCAUCUAAACGCCAUUAG